UGUUCUCUCCCCGCUUACUGCAGAGAGGCUCUGUGGUCUCAGUCCGAGGAACUGGCGCUGGCGUGCUGGUCCACCGUGGCGAGCGGGUCGCGGCAGGGGGAGAGAGGUGCAGGAUCGCUCUGCACCGACCCAUCGCCUCGCUGGCUCGGGAGGAACAGUACUCAUCUUGGCACUGGGAAGAAACUUAGAAGCCUUGGAGACUUGAAGAUUAGAUAGGGUGUGGCCAAUGUUGGGCAUUCCUCAACUAUUCAAAGAUUCCCCAUUGAACAGAGAAGAUGACUGCAGAAUUGAAAAAGACCAUUGGCCGAGCCUCUUGGAGCCCAGUGAAGGUGAAAAAGGAAGAGGAUGAGGAUGAAAGAAUAAGUCAGCCAUCCGGUCAACAAGUGUACUCUGAGAAUGUCAAGGUCUGGGCCCCAGGGGAAGGUCCUUAUUUAAGCAUUGAUGUGUCAGAAGAGGAGGAAAAGGGUCAGAAAAUGUUCUGGGACAUGGCAGUGGUUCUAAAAGCAACACAGGAGGCUGCUGCUGCUGCACCCCUUGGGAGCUACUCAUUACCAGGGACUCUGGCCAAGAGUGAAAUCCUGGAGCAUCAUGGGAACCCAGCCCUGCUAGGUACUGAAACCAAGAACCUACAGUUACUGGUUCCUAAAACAGAGAUAUGUGAUGAAGCAGAAGAGCACCCCAUGAUUUUAGGAAGAACCCAGAAAGGUGACCUUCAAGGACCUGAGCUAGGAGAAUCUUAUGAAAAGGGAAAUGUGUUAAAAAGGCAGAAAAUAAAGAGGGAAAAUAGAGAUAUAAGAAAAGUAACCGUGAAAGACUGUCCAUUAUCUGAAAGCUUCAGAGAAGACGAAGACCAGAAAUCUAGGAAGUCCAAGAGGAAAUAUAGCCUUAGUUCUGGCCCAGCUAAAAAUCAGAAAAUACAGCCUGGGCAAAAGCCUUUUACAUGUAGUGCGUGUGGGAAAGGCUUUAGUCAGAGUGCAAACCUUGUUGUGCAUCAACGAAUCCACACUGGGGAGAAACCCUUUGAGUGUCAUGAGUGUGGGAAGGCCUUCAUUCAGAGUGCAAACCUUGUUGUGCAUCAGAGGAUCCACACUGGACAAAAACCCUAUGUUUGUACAAAAUGUGGGAAGGCUUUCACUCAGAGUUCAAAUCUGACUGUACAUCAGAAAAUUCACUCCUUAGAAAAAACCUUUAAGUGUGGUGAAUGUGAGAAAGCCUUCAGUUAUAGUUCACAACUUGCUCGGCACCAGAAAGUCCAUAUAACUGAAAAAUGCUAUGAAUGCAAUGAAUGUGGAAAAACAUUUACUAGAAGCUCUAACCUCAUUGUCCAUCAGAGGAUCCACACUGGGGAGAAGCCUUUCGCCUGUAAUGAUUGUGGCAAAGCCUUUACCCAGAGUGCAAAUCUUAUUGUGCAUCAGCGAAGCCAUACUGGUGAGAAGCCAUAUGAGUGUAAAGACUGUGGGAAAGCCUUUAGUUGUUUUUCUCACCUUAUUGUGCAUCAGAGAAUUCACACUGCAGAGAAACCUUAUGACUGCAGUGAAUGUGGAAAAGCCUUCAGUCAACUCUCUUGCCUUAUUGUCCACCAGAGAAUUCACAGUGGAGAUCUCCCUUAUGUGUGUAAUGAGUGUGGGAAGGCCUUCACUUGUAGCUCAUACCUACUCAUUCAUCAAAGAAUCCAUAAUGGGGAAAAACCUUAUACAUGUAACGAAUGUGGUAAGGCCUUCAGACAGAGGUCGAGCCUCACUGUCCACCAGCGAACCCACACAGGGGAGAAACCCUAUGAGUGUGCCAAGUGUGGUGCAGCUUUCAUUUCUAACUCACACCUCAUGCGACACCACAGAACCCAUCUUGUUAAGUAGCAAGGAAGAGAAUAUUUCCCUGCUGUUGGUCAUAGCCUACUACUCCCAAUAGUAGGCACCUCUGUUCUGCUCUGUUUCUGUGGUAAAACAAAGCCUAUACCCUUUAAAGUUAUUUUUCUGGAAGAGAAAGUAAACAUAAGCAUUUCAGAGGCUAAUUUAAAGAAAAUAAAACUUAAACAUCUAAAAGCCAA